AUGUCGGACAAGCCGGAGAGCAGCAAGACUCGACGCGAAGAGCAUAUCAUCGAUCCAUUGUUCCAAAAGGAUUUCUUGUCACAGUUGCCAGUGGAGAUUGCUUAUCGCAUCAUCGCCCAUUUGACACCGCGCGAUUUGGUGACUUGUGCUGGUGUUUCGCGGACGUGGCAACGGAUUUGUGAAAAUGAUCGAACGUGGCGACAGAAAUGUUUGGAGAAAGGAUAUGUGAAACUUGAUGCGCCAAGCUUUCGUUUUCUCGGAGGCUGGUCGGCGAAUCGAGCAAAUGAGGAAGCGGGAAUCACAAUCUUCUCACAUAUGAACCUUCAAGAAGCACAUCAGAAUCGACGAGAACGCGAGAUCGCAUAUGGACAGUGUUAUGAGCGAUCGUCAUGGAAGUCACUGUACUUGCGGAAGCAGCGAAUCAUUUCCAAUUGGCGAUCCCGACCGAUUCAAUCAAGCACUGUUCUAAAGAGCCACGAUCAACAUUCGAUCAAUUGUCUACAAGUUCACUCUGGUCUUAUCAUUGCUGAUUCUAAUAAUGAUAAAAAGUUGCGGGUCUGGAAUGUUGAUGAUGCUCAACUGGCUUUCACUCUAACUGGCCAUAUGGGUCGUGUUUUGACGUCUCAAGUUAGCGAUGAUGGUAAAUACAUUGUCAGUGGCUCGACUGAUCGAACGGUGCGCGUUUGGUGUGGUCAAACCGGUGUACAGCGUCAUGUUCUGCAGGGGCAUACGGGUGGUGUUCCCUGCAUAAGUCUACAUGGCACAACUCUUGUUUCUGGAUCGCGCGAUCAAACGCUCCGAGUCUGGGACAUUGUCGACGGGAAAUGCCUUCACAUUUUGGCUGGCCACUUGGGGGAGGUGCGUUGUGUACAAUUUGAUGGAAAACGGGUUGUGUCUGGUGCCGAUGAUUGUACUGUAAAGGUUUGGAAUGUGCAGACGGGGGAGUGUUUGCACACGCUGACGGGUCACACGAAUCGAGUCGAUUCACUUUUGUUUGAGCCAGAGCGCGAUCUUGUCGUCUCGGGAAAUAGUGAAACGAUUCGCGUCUGGGAUGUGCGAAGUGGAACAUGCAUCGCGAUUCUUGAUUCGAUUCAGGAUCAGUUCUUCUCUGACAUGCAGCUUCGCGGAAACAUUUUGGUCUCCUACUAUGCCUACAGGAACGUUGGGGUUUGGGACAUUCGUAACGGUGGUUCGUGCAUUCAUCGCCUGCAAGGCGUAAAUGGUCACACGUCGACCAUCACUUCAUUGCAAUUGCUCGACUCGGGACUUUUGGUAACAAGUUCUUAUGAUGGCUCGGUCAAGCUGUGGGAUGUGGAUAAAGGUAUCUUU